AUAACCUGUCACCACAUCGCCGAUGGUCGGCUAUCCUGGCUCGCAAAUAUCCGGCAAUAACGGCUCUAUUUUCUCUUAAGAGGGGACCAAACCAGCCACCAACAUGUCCAGCAAAAGGGCCAAGGGGAAGAACACCAAGAAGCGUCCCCAGCGCGCCACCUCCAACGUGUUCGCCAUGUUUGAUCAGUCUCAGAUCCAGGAGUUCAAGGAGGCCUUCAACAUGAUCGACCAGAAUCGGGACGGCUUUAUUGACAAAGAGGACCUGCAUGACAUGUUGGCCUCCUUAGGUAAGAACCCUACAGAUGAGUACCUGGAAACCAUGAUGAAUGAAGCCCCUGGCCCGAUCAACUUUACCAUGUUCCUCACCAUGUUUGGAGAGAAGCUGAAUGGCACAGAUCCUGAGGAUGUGAUCCGCAAUGCUUUCGCAUGCUUCGAUGAGGAAGGGACAGGUAUUAUCCAUGAGGAUUAUCUACGAGAGCUGCUCACCACCAUGGGAGACAGGUUUACAGAUGAGGAGGUGGAUGAGCUCUUCAGGGAGGCACCCAUUGACAAAAAGGGCAACUUCAACUAUGUAGCAUUCACACGCAUUCUCAAGCAUGGUGCUAAAGACAAGGACGAUUAGUAGCAAUUAUCGCUGGACCACGCUUAUUUAAACACAUCACGUGUAUGUGUAUAUUGGGGUUACACUGGAUUUAGAAAAAAGUUAGAGCCAAUGAUUUUGGCCUAAAAUAUGAAGAUUCCCUGUGGUAUAGCCUGUUCUGGGUUAUUUAUAUAAGCUGUCGGUUUAACUGUACCUCUGGACUCCUUUUCCCUGCAACUCAAUCAUAGCUCAUUUGCACAUCUAUGACAUACCAGGAAGUGUCUGCGUAAGCUUAAGAUAUAUGAAAAUAGCAUGUGGAUAACACUGGAAAUAAAUGCUGAGACUAAGGAGGUUGUGUGCUAUUGUGAAUGACAUGGUUUGCUGAACCCUCUGUAUUUUGUAGCUGAUUAAAGUUUUGGGAUAAACUAUUACCAAUGUGAUAUUCAUUAAAAGAAAGCAAUUCAAGUAAUAGAGGGUUGACGAGAAGGCACGCCAUACAAGAGCUGUGGCCUGGUCACUGAAAGGUUGAUGCUGAGA